AUGUCAGCUGUCAAGAUGUUCAAUAACAGCAGCCUGAACCUGUUAUCCUUUGUCCUGACUGGCAUUCCUGGGAUGGAGGAAAAGAAUGCUUUGAUGGCCUUUCCUCUGUUUGUGCUCUGUGUCUUCACGCUGCUUGGGAACAGCCUCAUUCUCUUUGUCAUCAAAACUGACCCAAGCCUUCAUGAACCCAUGUACAUCUUCCUUUCCAUCCUUGCCUGCUCAGAUCUGGGCCUCUCCAUGUCCACCUUUCCAACUAUGCUGAGAGUUUACUGGUUUGACUCCAAGGAAAUCACAUUUCGUGCUUGUAUUACCCAAAUGUUCUUCAUCCAUGCAUUUCAAUGGCUGGAGUCUGGCAUUCUGGUGGCAAUGGCUUUUGACCGUGUUGUUGCAAUCCGUGAGCCACUGAGAUACAGAACACUCUUCCCAAACAUAGCUGUUGCAAAAAUAGGAAUAGCUGCUGCAGUCAGAUGUAUCUGUGUCUGCUUCCCAACUCCCUUUCUGAUUAAACGUCUACGCUUCUGCAGCUCCAGUAUACUUUCUCACUCCUACUGUCUCCAUCCUGAUAUAAUGAAGCUAGCCUGUGUAGACAUAAAGGUCAAUAUCUUGUAUGGUUUGAUUAUCAUCAUUUUUACACUGGGAUUCGAUGUUGUCAUCAUUCUUGUGUCCUACAUCAUGAUUCUGAAAACUGUUUUGGGCAUUGCAUCCCAUCGAGAACGUCUCAAGGCUCUCAACACUUGUGUUUCCCACAUUUGUGCCAUCCUCAUUUUUUAUGUCCCAAUGAUCAGUGUCAGUUUGCUCCAUCGAUAUGGGAAACACUUUUCCCCCCUUGUGCACAUGCUGAUGGCCAACAUCUACAUUAUGGCCCCACCUUUCCUUAAUCCCAUUGUGUACAGCAUGAAGACCCAGCAGAUUCGGCAGAGAAUAUACAACAUUUUCCUGAGGAAGCAAACCAGGAUUUGA